UCGCUCGGACCCGCUUGAAAUGCUGCGUCCCGAUGUCAUUCGUCACGAGGAAGUGGGCCAGAGAGAGACAGAGAGACGGAGGUAAUGUGAUGAGGAUCAAGACGACGGAGUGAGUUGGCGCGUAUCCUGCGAGUUAAAAAGGGAGUCGACGCAGCGUAGCGCGGAUGGACGAGAUGUACGAUCCGCUCAAGUGUAACGAGGACCUGCCCUCCUCGCCCGGCUGCCACAUGGACUACGAUGACAUGCCGGAGCUGCAGGCGGUGGAAGAGGACCGCCGCUCGCUCGGCUUGUUCCAGGUGGGCGCCGGAGUGUCGCACCAGGAGACGAGCGGCUCGGGCGACACCAACUGGCUCGCCGAGCUGGCCAACAUCGCCACCAGUCUUCAGAGCCCGCUGCUGCUCAAAGAUGCCCCACACAAGAGAUCAUCUCCAGUCCACAUCUUUGGCACCAGCAACAGUUUACAUUCCUACGCCCGUCCUCCUCUGGCCAGCAGCGCGCCCAGCCCCUCCAGAGGUCACCUCCGGGAGCGCAGGCGUGUCAGGGCCAGCAGCGAGUCCGAGUCCGGCGUUUUCUCCAUGUCGUCGUCCUUCUCUGAUGACGAAGACAUGGCCUGGUCUCGCGCGUGGCCCUCCACGGCCUGGCACUGCUUCCUGAAAGGAACCCGUCUUCGCUUCCAUCGCGGUCCAAACGUGGAGUGGCAGGAGGCCGACGAGCUCGGGGAUUCCGAUGAAGAUUCUGACGAUGACAGCAUGAUGCCGCCCUCCUCCUCCUCCUCACUUAAGAGAUUUGGCUGCGAGGGGUUGAAGCUGAUAAGCCACGAAGAGACGUUGUCCUACAGCCAGGCAGUUCUUAAACUCACCUUUGACCCCGGCUCCCCCGACGACGGCCUUUUAACCGCCGAAUGCCGAUUGGACCAUCCCUUUUUUGUCCGAAGUAAAGGGUGGGCCUCCUUUUACCCGAGCCUCACCGUGGUGCAUCAUGGGAUUCCAUGCUACGAGAUGCAGCUGGGCGACACGUGCCUGCCGCCAAACCACCCCGAUGCCAUUAAAUGCGACGAUUCUGUCGUUUUUGAUACAUUUCGAAGCUACGACUUCACCCCGCUGGACUCGUCCGCCGUGUACGUCCUGAGCAGCAUGGCCCGCCAGCGCCGGACCUGCCUGUCCGGCUGCGGCGCCGCCAGUCCGGACUGCGACAAACUGGAGCGCUCCGGCUCCCCGCAGUCGGCGGGCGGCAGGUCGGGCAGGGGGCAGGCGCCGGGGGCCGGCGGGGGCGCCGCGCCCACCAAAUGCAAGCGCCCCAUGAACGCCUUCAUGCUGUUCGCCAAGAAGUACCGAGUGGAGUACACGCAGAUGUAUCCGGGGAAAGACAACAGAGCCAUUAGUGUCAUCCUGGGCGACAAGUGGAAGAAGAUGAAGAGCGAGGAGCGGCGGCUGUACACCACGGAGGCCAAGGCUCUGGCCGAGGAGCAGAAGCGCCUCAAUCCCGACUGCUGGAAGCGGAAAAGAACCAACUCGGACCUGACUCCGAUGCAGAACCGCGUUGAUACUUUGUGAUCACGUUAGCAUCACGCUGUGUUUGCGCCACAUCAUAAAGACUGGACCCUGACAUGUAAGAGUGCUGCUACUCGAUGAUGACGUUGUAGUCGCCCACCCUGUAAGGACUCAACUCUAGCACGUUACGCUACGAAGCAGCAGGAUGAAGUGCAAAUUCCGGUUGCGACUGCUGCUCCUAUAUAUGAUCUUGUUCCCAGCAGGUAACGACUCAACUUUGCAAACUUGAUCAACGUGAGCGGGCAGACGUUUGGGUGAGAAAAAGCAAAUUUGAAGGGAUGCAACUGGAAGUGUCAUUGGAAAUCAGAAUCAAAAUCAUCUUUAUUUGCCAAGUAUGUCCAAAACACACAAGGAAUUUGUCUCCGGUAGUUGGAGCCGCUCUAGUACAACAAAAAGUCAAUUUACAGAACACUUUGGGGACAUAAAGACAUUGACAAAAAACAAUUGUGCAAAAAGAUGCAGAGUCCUCUAGCACUUAGAGCAGUUCGAACGACUAAUAUUGCAAUAGUCCGGUGCAAUGACCAUUGUGCAAAGGGCGCUGAGACUUCAAGGAGUGUAUGCGGUUUAAAGUGACGAGUUAGUGCGAUCAUCUGGGACAAUGUCGGUUGUGCAAAUGUUACAGAUACUCCUCAAUCAGUGUGCAAAUGGAGCAGAUGCUACUCUGGCAUGAGUGGCCAGUAUAUGCAAAUAGUGCAGCAUGGCGAGACAACUACAGUGAGUGCACGAGUAAUACAUAAUUGGCCCCACAGAAAUGUGACAACGAACUCAAGUCAAAAAAUUGCCAGCUUGUUGUAAUGGAAUUAUAGGUUAGGUGUUUAAGAAGUUGAUCGCAAGAGGGAAGAAGCUGUUGGAAUGUCUACUAGUUCUAGUUUGCGUUGAUCGGUAGCGACACAACGACACACAAAUGACACAACAUUUUAGUUGAAAAUGUAAUAGCCCUGCAACUAUCUUGACAAUUUAUGUUUCUGAUCACUGUCAAAAUUAUCAUCAUAAUCAUCCAUCAAUAGCAGGUAUGCAAUCAUUUAUUUUGUUGAGGCACAUAAUAGGUGAAUGCAAUAAUCCUGUAAUUUUUGUUUACAAUUUUAUAAUUUACUCUCAAAAUGCUCAUCUCCAAUACGAAUAACGUAGUGAAGAAUAGACUAGACAGAGAAUAAACAAAACGCCCGAAUGUUUCUAACUGGUUAAGACAGAAAUGUAAUGAGUUACUUCAAACUUCACAGAAAACAAGAAUAAUAGUGAAUUAAGGACAUUUAAGGUUUCUAGCGUGAAUGUCAACCGAAUUGUAAAAUUGAAACAUUUUUAAACGGAUUUCCCAGCAAUGUAAUCUGAAAAGAAUAAGUAUUUCCUGAAACAAUAAUGAGAAAAAAACGAUUUGGUUGGACUUCAGCUAAAUUCACACACCCGAUUUCCGGGUACCCAAAAAAUGGGAAGAAAAUGGCGUCCGUUUUUCUGUAUUUAGUAACAGACCUGUAAUAAAUAAAUGUAAUAGUCCUGCUAUUCUUUGUACAAUUUAUACAUUUUGAGUCCGUUUUUACAGCGGAUCUGUUUUGCUCUUCCUGCGCGACCUGGAAAGUCAACACAAGUGUCAACUUGUUUUGUGUCUUUCUACACAUUCUAAACAAACUAGAACUGCAAAAAGCCGCUGGCGAAGGAGAGACGGGAGACAAGUGGCCGCAAAAGCAAGGAAACGUGUGACUGAAUGUUUCACUGGAAGAAAGGAUGCCGAUGCAACCAAGAUAACCGGGACGGGCUGCGAAACGACUGCCGGGAAAUGUGCCCGAAGACAGCGUCGCCCGCUGUGCCGCAGACAUUUGUAUUGCAGCCGCCACGACUCGAAACCCAGCAAAAGAGACUCGUAAGAACGAUGGCGAUACAGCCAGAAAUAAGAAUGACGACAACAGCGAGUAGGAUGAGAAGCCGCCUCCCGAGGCCGAGCAAGCCUUCUCGUGGAAGGAAUUCAACGAGGAAUCUUUUGUGUCUCAGAUUUGAAAUGCUACAAGUGCGCUGGUGGGAGAGGCCUGCGAGAUUCGUCAGGCACUCAAAAGACGUGCCCACAAGGCAGCGGUGUGAAGGAUGUACACAAAAGAACAAACAAAACGAGAAAACAAUGAUGGAAAGAUCACCAAGGUGACAGAAUGUAAAGACAAAGCCAAUUGUUGCGAUGACCGAGACUUGUGUAACGCGGCCAAGCCGACGGCGCGGGCGACCUACUCCCGCUGGCGGCGGUCACCGUCUUCCUUGGUGCUCUUUGCGUGAGCGAGCCCGACGGCGGCCGACGCCUUCCUGCAGCGGUUUCAUGCUCGCCGUUUCCUCCUCUUCAUCCAUCUGCUAUCCUAUAUUUCUCACGCUAACCUUUGACCUGUGUUCAGCAUUUUCAUGUAUGAAGUGUUCUCAAUAAAGUCAAAAGAAAGUCUCGACAAUU